ACAAGAUGGGUUGGUUCUACAGAGUAGCAAGUGCAUCAGAGUACUUAGCCAUCACUGGCUUCGGCAUCGAAGACUUGAAGCUCGGAAAGAAAGCAUGGAUUUUUCCGGGCCAAAACUGUGUUAAGUUCGACAUUUCGCCGGUGAACUACACAUUUGAAGUUCAGGCCAUGAGCCUUGAGAAGUUACCGUUUAUUUUGCCGGCAGUAUUCACAAUUGGUCCUCGUGCUGAUGAUCAAGAAAGCUUGACUAAGUAUGCCAGGCUCAUGUCUCAACAUGACAAGCAAUCAAACCAUGUCAACGAGCUUGUGCAAGGUGUCAUUGAAGGUGAAACUAGGGUUCUUGCUGCUUCUAUGACCAUGGAAGAGAUCUUCAAAGGCACUAAAUCUUUUAAGCAAGAAGUCUUUGAAAAGGUGCAACUUGAGCUGAACCAAUUUGGCCUUAUCAUUUACAAUGCAAAUGUGAAACAAUUAGUGGAUGUUAAAGGCCAUGAAUACUUCUCUUAUCUUGGUCAAAAAACUCAACAAGAAGCAGCUAACCAAGCAAGAGUUGAUGUCGCCGAAGCAAUGAUGAAAGGAAGGAUCGGUGAAAAAGAAAGAGAAGGAAGCACAUUACAAAAUGCGGCAAAGAUUGAUGCGGAGACAAAGAUUUACUCGAAGAAAAGGGAAGGAGAAGGGAAGAAGGAGAUAGUGAAUGUUGAGACUGAUGUGCAAAUAUAUCAAAAUAAGAGAGAGGCCGAGGUGGCUCAAGCUAAUGCAGAGCUUGCAAUGAAGAAAGCCGAGCUCCAGAAAAAGGCGAAGGUGGCAGAGGUGGAGGCGGUGAAGGCAGUGGCGAUAAGAGAGGCCGAGCUGCAGAUGGAAUUGGAGAAGAAGAAUGCUGCCAAGCAGACGGAGAAACUCAAGGCUGACAAGCUUAGCCAGACCACUGUUGAGUAUGAGAUCAAGGUGCAAGAAGCAAACUGGGUGUUAUACCAGAAGCAGAAACAAGCAGAAGCAGUUUUAUAUGAGCAAUUAAAAACUGCUGAGGCUCAAAAAGCAGCAGCAGAGGCUGCAUUCUUCGCCCGCCGUCAAGAAGCCGAUGGUCAGUUAUACAGCAAGAAGAAGGAAGCUGAAGGAAUAGUGGCCCUGGGUGAGGCACAAGGGCUAUAUCUAAGGACUCUCUUAGACUCAUUGGGAGGAAACUAUCAAGCUCUCAGAGACUAUUUGAUGAUCGAUGGAGGACUGUACAAAGACAUGGCAAGGAUCAAUGCUGAUGCAGUGAAAGGAAUGCAACCAAAACUAAGUAUUUGGAGUAAUAAUAAUGAAGGUGGUGCUGGUGGUGUUGGUGCAAUGAAGGAAAUUGCAGGGGUUUAUAAGAUGCUUCCUCCAUUGUUGAGCACUGUGCAUGAGCAAACAGGGAUGCUGCCUCCUGCAUGGCUUGGAGCAUUGCCUUCUUCUGCUGCUGCUGAUUCUAAUUAA